UACAGGUGGUUUAACCAUCUCUUCUAGGGAUGGGUAUCCCUACUGUCUUCCCCGGAAUAUAACGCCCGGUCAUUAUAGCUGUAUUUGGCACAAUUUUCAGCCCAGAUAUGGCGAUAAUUACCGGGCGUUCUAUUCGGGUGAAGACGGUAGCUCUGGGUGAUGUGGUGCGACUUCAACAGUUUCCUUCUCAUCUUCGCAAGCCCCCUUCAUCAUGUUACUCAUUGGACUCUUCGGAUAGCGCAACCGCUGUCCCGGUGGUGGUCCCCCCAGUGGAUGGGUCAAAGUGGACAGACAUUUCAUUUAUGCUGCAAGGUGAAGAUACGUGGGGGGAACGACUACAGGACAGCCUGGGAAAGGGGUCGGGAGGCCGCAGUGGUGGUUUUGCUGUUGACAGCAACAGUAUUAUAGGGAAUGAAUCCAGCGCAAGGAAUGCAGUGGAGGAUCACCUUCAGGCAUUUUCUUCAUCGGAGCGGGAGAUGAGUAAUAAGUGGGAGGCACAGCACUAUGAGCGAUUGGCUUUUGCCCGCUAUAAAUGUGCUACGACUCGGUGGCUUUUCAGCAGAUACAACGGCUCUGCAUGGAGAAAUCGGCUAACGCGUCCAAUAGAGGUCAAGAUUCCAAACCGAAAGGGGGUUUCGAAAACAAUCAAGGCACUGAACAAGCCUGUGGCAUCCCCAAAGGACAAGUUCCAGGAGGCGGGGGACGCACGUGGCCACCUUGACAGUGAAGGUGCAGAAGAUGGAUUUUCAGAAGAAGCAUUGCAGAAUGGGGAGAGGUGGCAAAUGGAUGACCACCUCCCAGGAUCUGCGGUCGCACAUGCGGACGACAAAGCGUCCACCGCGAAGACGGAGACAGGAAAAUGGUCAUCCAGUGAAACAAGGACACAAUCCUGGGAAGAUGAGAUGUAUGGAACUGGGCGAUCACCACCCAACGCAUUGACGUCAACAGAGCAAGGGACGAACUCGACACAUGGAACAGCCUCAUUACAAGGGCAGGACGCCACAAACAGUGAAGACGAGUCGGCGCCGACAGGAUCAGAUCUGUCUUGAGCAACAGACAUCAUUGGGAAAUAUUUACAGCAUGCUGGGAUGGAGAAGAAAUUGAUAUUAGUAUCGGUGCCAGAGACACACAGAUCUUUCAUGACCCAUCGAUCGCACCCGACAUGAAAUCAAACAGUCGGAGAAGA